UUUCUUGUUCUUCUGGUUGUCCUCUUCCUCUUCAUCAACAAGAAGCUGUGUUUCGAAACCACAGGAGGCCUUCCGUGCCUGGACCAACAAGGGAAGAGGAAGCACUCUAAAGACAAGACUGGGAUCCAUGAAGGGCUGGCUGAGAAGUUUUGAGAGUGAAAUAUUCACAGCCAUUGAGAGACCUCCAAUUUAAUUUCUCAUCAUGCUUGUUCUGUAGUUCACGUUAAGUCCAGAGUAUUGAAGGAACGGAACAAGUGGACUUGUAGACAUCAGAUAGCUGGCCAUGCUGUUGACCAUGGCAUCUCAGGAUGCUCAGAACCUCUUCCAACCUCUCUCUUCCUGGAUAUCUCGGGUUUAUGAAGCUCUCCAGCAAGCAGGAGAUACGUUAUCUGCUUUGCUGGUUAACUUCAACAAACAAGACUCUAAAUUGAGUGACAAGCUAGACCAGGACUUAGAUGAUAUUCAGAUUCAGGAAACUUACUUUGAAGAUGAAGAACAAAGCAAUUGGAGUCAAGAGGACAUAAAUUCCUUGUUUCUUGAAGUGGAUCAUUUCUCCUGUUGUAAUAGUGAUUUGCAGGACUCUGCCCCAAGUUCAAGCCCCAGACUUAGCCAGCAUGCAAAGGACUCCUGUUCCAUAGUGACCCAGUGGCCCAAUCAGACCCUUGAUGACCAAAAGCCACCACAUGUGCUUUCUUCUAUGGCCGAGGAAGAACAUCACCUUGAAAAGCAAAGGAGUGGCCUUCAACAGGGCUUUGACAGCCACCUUUCUGGUAUUUUAGAAAACGUUAAUGGAAAAAUGCAAGUUAACAACUUUGGAGAUGAUGAGGAGCUGCCCACAUCUUCUGACAGCGAUGAGGAGGUUAUCAAACAGUUUGAGAUUUCUGUGUCCCGGUCCCAGAGUUAUCGCUCAGGAGCAUCUCAGAGAGGAAAGCAGACAGGACUGGAGCGUAAACCAAAACCCAGCCGCUGGCUUUCCACCCACGAAGAGGCCAGCACAGAAGUGUCUGCCUGCGCAGGUUUGGAUGGAGCCAGCCAACUGACUUAUUCUGAGAAUCUGCCUUAUGGUGAAGGUGACCCCAUCUCUGCCCUCUCACAGUCCCCUUGUGAGGUGGGGGACACCAGGCACCACGGCACACCUCGCCAAGAGACCAGCGCGGCCCGCAGCCUCAGCCGGCAGUGCACACAGGGCAGCUUGGAGAUGGAGACAGCUUUUAAUAACCGGAGAUUUGAAGAUUCCUAUGCCGCUGGCAGCUCCUCCGUCUGGAGUCCAGAGGAACAGGACGGAACCAAUUUUCAAGUGCCACCUGGGGUCCCGGAGCCCAUCUCAAAAUGUGGUGGCCUGGAUGUCAUCUUUGAAUAUAGAGCUGCCAGCCAGAAGCUCACAGUGACCAUCGUAAGAGCACAGGGCCUCCCAGAUAAGGACCGAAGUGGCAUCAGCUCCUGGCAAGUGCAUGUCGUGCUGCUGCCCAGUAAGAAACAGAGGGGCAGGACGAACAUACAGAGAGGGCCCAACCCCGUCUUCAAGGAGAAAGUCACCUUCGCCAAGCUGGAGCCCAGAGAUGUGCCUGCUUGUGCUGUCCGCUUCCGCCUGUACGCCACCCGCAAGAUGACCUGGGAGAGAAUGAUGGGCGAGAGGCUCUUCUAUCUCAGCCACCUGCACCAAGAAGGGGAAAUGAAAGUGACUCUGGUUCUGGAGCCAAGAAGUAAUAUCAGUAGUGGAGAGUCUCCGCUCAGCCCAUCUGCAGUUUCUCACAGUGACAGUGCUUCAUCCACGCAGUCGCUGUCGCAUGGAGGGGCGCCAGAGCUGUUGGUGGGGCUGUCAUACAAUGCCACAACGGGGCGAUUGUCCGUGGAGAUGAUCAAAGGCAGCCAUUUCCGAAACCUCGCGGUUAACAGAGUGCCUGGGAGAAGGAAAUCGAACUUAGAAGGAAGUAGUGAAGUGCAAGAAAGGAAAAUGAACAACAAGAACAAAACAGAUCAACAUGUAGGUAAAGAUACAUAUGGAAAGCUCUUUCUUCUCAGUUCUGUGGGUCAAGAGAUGUCCCGCUGCAAGACAUCCAUCCGACGUGGUCAGCCCAAUCCUGUCUAUAAGGAGACCUUUGUUUUCCAGGUGGCCCUCUUUCAGCUCUCUGACGUUACGUUGAUGAUUUCUGUGUAUAACAGGCGUACCAUGAAGCGUAAAGAGAUGAUUGGUUGGAUUGCUCUGGGUCAAAACAGUAGCGGAGAGGAGGAACAAGACCAUUGGGAGGAAAUGAAGGAGACCAAAGGGCAGCAGGUCUGCAGGUGGCACACUUUACUCGAAUCCUAGGUUUGCCAAGAGGUGUUUGUGGGCUAUACCUACCCUGGUAACCCGUGUCUUGAGUACUGAUACCAACUCAGUGCUUGCUGGAAGGCUUUUUUUAAAGACAGGCUUUAAGUAGGGAUUGGAUUCUACUAGACCCUAGGACAUUCUGGGGGUGGAAGGAUCUUUGGGUUUCUCAAAGGUUUGAUUUGGAUUUAAAUACUGUAAUUUUUUUAAAAAGCCCAUAUGCACUGUCGAGUAUACUUUAUUGGAAAUGUUAUUUUAGUUGAGAUGAAUGAUGUUGAGUUAAUUUCUGUUAAUAGGUUAUUAAAUUUUGGUUCAAGCUAUGGAAUGAAGCUUCUCUGGCUGUCUCUGCUCCCUUAGAUUGCAAGGGAGAUGUGAAAAGUUACUGUUUGUAACCACUUGUGUGUAGGAAUCAGAAUUUUCUUAGUAUGGGGCAAAAUACUCCAAAAUACAGAAAUGAAUCUGACGCCGAGGCUCAUAGAAGAAUGUAACUGUCAUCCAUAAUCCCCUAUUUCAUGUUUUUCUCUUUAUAAAAAAAACCCUUCAUUUAUUUGCCUAACAAAUAAAUGGUAAAAACUUACACUUAUAAAGCAAAUUUGUAUGAAUUAAAUACCUCUUUGUUUAUCUCACUUAUAUAUUGUGGUUUCCUAUGAGAUUUGGUUAGGUGACCCAUUUUGAAACUAAAAAAGAAUUCAAAAACUACUGUUGUAAGACAACUUGUCUCCUUUUGAGUAUGUAAGACUUCAAAAUUAAAACUUUCAAGGUUUUUAUGCUGUUUUUCUCACCUAAGAAAUUCUUACAGAAUGAGAAGAAAACCGAACAACCUAUUAAGUCAUGGAGGUAUUGAUUUUUCUGAAUCUAGUGUUCUCCUUCUAGAUUAUGCUUUUUCUAUAUUCAGUGCAAUAUACUCACUCAUACAUAUAUUUUGAUUCUGUAUUUGCAUGUAAACCAUACUUUUUUAAUGCCAUAUUUUCCAUCAUCAGAGCAUAGUAAAUUAUAUACAAUGGAUCUUUAAUAAAUGUUGAUUUGAUUGACUCUUCGAAAUGAACAUGUUAUAACACCUGUGAAUGAAGAACAUUUUCAGUUUGUAAGCAGUGACACUAAUUCUUCUUUGAGCAUUUGAAG